CUUCCCGAGGCCGCCAUGGACAUCCUGAAGCGGGAGAUCAGCAGGAAGCGCCAGCAGCUGGAGGAGAAGGAGCUCCUGGGGGGCAAUAAGAAAUAUUUCAAACGCAGUGAGUUAGCUAAAAAGGAAGAGGAGGCCUACUUCCAGAGAUGUGGCUACAAGCCUGUAAAUGAGAAGCCACCUGGAGAGGUACAGCAGCAGGAAGAGGAGGAGAAACCUCUGGCUACAUCAAAUCCAGUGCUGGAACUCGAACUGGCAGAGGAAAAGUUACCAAUGACUCUUUCCAGACAGGAGGUUAUCAGGAGGUUACGAGAGAGGGGUGAGCCCAUCAGGCUCUUUGGAGAAACAGAUUAUGAUGCAUUUCAACGUCUGAGGAAGAUAGAAAUUCUUGCACCUGAAGUGAACAAGGGCUUGAGAAAUGACCUGAAGGCUGCUUUGGAUAAGAUUGAUCAGCAAUAUCUGAAUGAAAUUGUGGGUGGCCAAGAAGCAGGAGAUGAUGACUCCCAGAAUGACCUGAAGGUCCAUGAGGAGAAUACUACUAUUGAAGAACUAGAGGCUUUGGGAGAAUCCCUAGGACGGGGUGAUGAUCACUAUGAUAUGGACAUCAUAACCAAGUUCUUGAAGUUCCUCCUGGGAGUCUGGGCCAAGGAGUUGAAUGCCAGGGAGGAUUACGUGAAGCGGGGCGUGCAGGGGAAGCUGAACAGCGCCACCCAGAAACAGACCGAGUCCUACCUGCGGCCGCUCUUCAGGAAACUCCGAAAAAGGACACUUCCUGCAGACAUCAAAGAAUCAAUAACAGAUAUUAUUAAAUUUAUGUUGCAAAGAGAAUACGUGAAGGCCAACGAUGCCUACCUGCAGAUGGCCAUUGGGAACGCCCCCUGGCCCAUUGGCGUCACCAUGGUCGGCAUCCACGCGCGCACAGGACGUGAGAAGAUCUUCUCCAAGCACGUGGCCCACGUGCUCAACGAUGAAACUCAGAGGAAAUACAUCCAGGGGCUGAAGAGGCUCAUGACCAUUUGCCAGAAGCACUUCCCAACAGACCCAUCCAAAUGUGUGGAGUACAACGCUCUCUGAGGCUCUGCUGGGACCCAUUUUGGGCUCCAGCACCCAGAGAGGAUGAAGAGGCAAACUCUGAGCCUGAACACCAACAAGAACUUGGGGUGGGCUUUGCCAAAAAAGCAGAAAGGAGGAUUUUUUUUUUUUUUUACAGCUUCCUUUUUCCAAGCCCCAUUUAGUUAGGUUGAUUUUGAAAUCUGUGCUUUUUGCUGAACA